CUUCUUUUCUCGGUCACAGCUCCCUCCCACUGUUCUCUCCACUUAUAAAUAGUUGUGGCUUUAAUUUUACAGAGCACAACACUGUCUGCAAUAUAUCUUCCUUCCUCACGCCGUGUUUCUAAUAGAAUGGCGGAGCUAAGAAACUUUCCGAGUCUAAGCAUUUUAAGUUUAAUGGCAUUACUCAUCUUAGCAGUGGAGCAAUACGAAUCAUUAGGCUCUAGCAGGAAAUCUGUUCAUUCUGGCUUCAAAACCGAUUAUAAUGGCGUGGGUAGUGGAAUGUGCGCCUCUGCCGUCACUGUUCAUGGUUAUAAAUGCCAGGAAUUUGAGGUAACAACUGAUGAUGGAUACAUACUUAGCGUACAAAGAAUACCAGAAGGCCGUGUAGGAGGAGAUGGUGGGCCGAAGACGAACAGGCAGCCAGUACUGUUGCAGCACGGCGUUCUUGUGGAUGGAGUAACAUGGCUGCAGAAUUCACCAGCACAAUCACCGGCGAUGAUCUUGGCAGAUAAUGGCUUUGAUGUUUGGAUUUCCAAUAUCAGGGGAACCAGAUAUAGCCGUCGCCAUGUCACUCUUGAUCCUGAUAGUGCGGACUACUGGAAUUGGACAUGGGAUGAUCUUGUCGCACAAGACUUGCCUGCUCUUGUUGACCUUGUCUUUAAACAAACUGGGCGGAAAAUUCACUAUAUAGGCCAUUCAAUGGGCACCUUGAUAGCGUUGGCGUCCUUUUCAGAAGGGAAACAAAUAGACAAGGUAAAAUCAGCAGCCUUGCUCAGCCCAGUUGCUUAUUUGAGCCAUAUGACCACUGCACUCGGUGAUGUUGCUGCUAGAGCUUUUGUUAGCGAGAUCACUACAAUAUUUGGUCUUGCAGAAUUUAAUCCAAGAGGUGAGCCUGUGUCCGAUUUUCUCAAGGUCUUAUGUGCUCAAGCUGGGGUGGACUGUUAUGACUUGAUAACUGCACUUACUGGAAAGAACUGCUGUCUAAAUGCUUCCACGGUCAAUCAUUUCUUGAAGAACGAGCCUCAGUCUACAUCAACUAAGAACCUCGUGCAUUUGUCUCAGACUGUUAGAGAUGGUGUCUUGUCGAAAUAUGACUAUGGGAGCAACGACUUCAAUCAGGCGCACUACGGUGAAACCAAGCCUCCAAGGUACAAUUUGACAAAUAUCCCUCAUGAUUUCCCCCUGUUUCUCAGCUAUGGAGGCCAAGAUGCACUGUCUGAUGUUCAAGAUGUUGAGACAUUACUUGAUAAUCUCAAGUACCACGAUGUAGAGAAGCUACAUGUUCAGUAUAUCAAAGAUUACGCUCAUGCAGACUUCAUCAUUGGGAUUACUGCUAAGGAUAUCGUCUACAACCAGAUUAUCUCCUUUUUCAGAAACCAAGGAUGAACACCUUUGGGAUUGAAAUAAGCUAGUAAUAUAUCGGAUUUUGUUUUACAAAAAACUUAGCAAAAUACAUUGUAUCCGCAUUCAAAAUCUAAUCAUAAUUGAAAUGGUACGUGUGACCACUGUAUAUGUAUAUAUUUUUUCAAAGAAACUUUGAAAGUUGGCAUCAACUUUUGUUGUAUAUCGCAAGAAAUUACGCUGCA